CGCCCACUCCCGACAGGCUGACACCCUGGAGAUCUCCCCGGGACUUGCCUGACUUUUCCAUCUCCUCCCACCUAGGGACACCUUCGCCGCCGCCGCCGGGACGCGGAUGGGACGCCGGCGGAGCCAGCGAGCAUGCGCGUCCGCCCCGAGCAUGCUCAGUAGCUCGCGCGGCUCCCCGGAGCUGCGGCGCGGCUCGGCGAGCGACGCGGAGGUCUCCGCCGGAGCAGAGGGAGCGGCAGGAAGUGAAGCGGCCCCGCCGGGCGAGCGCGGCGGCAGAACCCGAGGCGGCGGAAGGGGCUCUGCGGCGGCGGCGGCGUCCACCGGGGAGGCCGAAGGAACUGAGCCCCGAGGGGACACGCCCGCUCGGAAGCCAGACCCCGAGGCGGGCAGGAUGGAUCACCACCAGCCGGGGACUGGCCGCUACCAGGUGCUUCACAAUGAAGAAGAUAAUUCAGAAUCAUCUGCUGUAGAGCAGCCGUCAACUUCUAACUCCACAGCACCGACUUCGGAAGCUGCUUCUUCAGUACCAGCACUGGAAACGGACUCUUCUCCUCCUCCUUACAGUAGCAUUACUGUGGAAGUCCCUACAACUUCAGAUACUGAAGUUUACAGUGAAUUUUACCCCGUGCCACCUCCAUACAGUGUUGCUACCUCUCUUCCUACGUAUGAUGAAGCUGAAAAGGCCAAAGCUGCUGCCAUGGCAGCUGCAGCAGCGGAAACACCUCAAAGAAACCAGGAGGAAGAGUGUACACCAAGAGAUGACUUCAGCGAUGUAGACCAGCUUAGAGUAGGCAAUGAUGGCAUUUUCAUGCUGGCGUUUUUCAUGGCAUUCAUUUUCAACUGGCUUGGAUUCUGCUUGUCCUUCUGCAUCACCAGUACCAUAGCUGGGAGGUACGGUGCUAUCUGUGGGUUUGGCCUUUCUCUGAUCAAAUGGAUCCUUAUUGUCAGGUUUUCUGACUAUUUUACUGGCUAUUUCAAUGGACAAUAUUGGCUUUGGUGGAUAUUUCUUGUACUUGGCCUGCUCCUUUUCUUCAGAGGAUUUGUUAAUUACCUAAAAGUCAGAAACAUGUCUGAAAGUAUGGCAGCUGCGCAUAGAACAAGAUACUUCUUCUUACUAUAGAGACUGCAUCAACCCAACAUUCCUUCUUACACCAAUGUGAAAUGUCCACGUCAUCUGUAAGCCUGCAGCUUUGCUAAGAUAGAAGACGACUGACUGAGAGCAGAAGAAAACUUAGUGAAAGGUGGAACUUCGAAAUCAAAUGGCAGGGGGUUUACGCUUAACGGCCAUGUCUGCUCAUUCUUUAGUUAUCUGUAUUUCAUUUAUUUUGCACAUUUGCGUAUGUGCCUAUGUAAAAGAUAAGCAUAUACUUGAAAGAAUCCGUAAAGUUGUUGCAGCAAAGUCCAGUCACACUUGGUUAAUCAGUGUUUGAUAGAGUUGGAAGAGUUGUGUGAUAAACACUUCCAGCAUGUAAAUGCUUCUGACGUGACCAUCAGUGUAAUAAACAUUACAUUAUUAAUCUUGUCAAACGCUUUAGUUCCUGGCGCUUAGAUUCACCUGGUAAUUCCAAACAUGAAAUAUUCUUUGCUGUAGAUGAUGUUUAUUAAAACUUGUAGUCUGAUUAUUAGAAAAGAGUUGUCAGAUUUUUGGAUAUGAUAUUAUUUAGGAAAACUCUUGUAAAUAACCAUGCAUACAUUGCUUUUUUUCAUUCUUUUCUUAGAAAUUGUGUCUAGAUUUCUUUUCAUUAAUUUAAAAUUAAGUAAACUAAAUAUACAGAAAUAAACUUUGUUAAAGAUAGAGUGGUUUCAGAUGAACUUUAAGAAAAUGUGAGUAUACCAAAUGUCCUUUAAAGAAAAAAAAAGCUAAGAGGCAAUACUAGUUUUAGGGAUUUUCAAAUCAGAAGCUUAGAUUUAAGGAUCACUCACCUUAGCAAUUCUUACAAGAAGAUAUUGCAGUAGAUCUUAUAUUUAUUUACAUCUAAGACAAUUUAAAGAAUUAAUUACCAAAUAUAUUCUCAUUUGCAUUUGUCUUUUAAAAAAGCCAAUAAAAGUAUCUUUCAAUAUUACUGUAAUCAUUUUUUUCUUUAAAUGUUUAAUUUGUUAAGCUUAGCAAAUAAAAUCUUGUUCUGUUAA